UAUAUAUAUACCUACCAAUGUUCCCUCUCUUAUUACACUUUCUGCUCAUCUCUCUCUCUCUUUCUGAACAAAACAGACAUCUAUAAUGGCGGAACUCGACUGUCGUUCAAAGACAGGCACUUCUCGCCUAAAGCUCUUCGGUUUCAGCGUAGAAGGAGACAUCGAUGAUGACCUCUCUGAAACAACCGAAGCAUCGUCACUCGUCAAGACCCACCAUAGAUCUUCCGUCGCUUCCCCUGAACCUUGUGGCUUCCCGCCCUCAUCCUCCGCGGUCACCGGUGGGCGCGAAGGCGGAGAAAGUGACCGGAAAUACGAGUGUCAGUACUGUUGCAGAGAGUUCGCCAACUCGCAAGCCUUAGGGGGUCACCAGAACGCUCACAAGAAAGAGCGUCAGCAGCUGAAACGCUCACAGCUUCAAGCCUCCCGUCACGCCGCCGCCGCCGCAACUUUCACCGUCGGAUCUACAGCUUUUUCGUCGCCGUUUAUCUCUGCCUUCGCUCCGCCUCAGCACCUCCUCGGCUCCGGCGUCCCGACGCCGGGAGGUCCUUGGGUGUACCUCCCGCGCGUUUCACCGUCGCACAUCCACGUGCCGCAUGGGUACACGACACAGAGCACCGGCGAAUCCGGUGGUGCGGCGGCUGAUGGUUUUCCGUACGUCUGCGUCGCAGGUGAUUCCGGCGUUGGGUUAGUUGGGCCUCAAAUGAGAGGCCCAUGGGUCGAUGAUGAUGGGCCCUCGUUGAGUGGGAUAACAAGGGGGGACGUGGCACCCGCUUUUGACGAUGGCUUGGGCUUGGAUUUGCACCUUAGCCUCGCGCCUUCUGGUCAUUGACGAAUUUACCCCUUGCAAUAACACUGCACGGAGGCUGAUUGCUUGUACAUUUUUGUCAGUUCAAUGCUAUUAUUAUUUGUUUUUUUGGGGGGAAUUCCUCUAUUAACCAAUGAUUGUUACUCUUAAUUAAGU